GCGUGUACGUGUCCGCUAGUAAAUAAUCAGCGGAUUAACUUCCGCGUCUGUGUGCGCGCGUGCCUGCCGAUACUUCCGGAUCACAUGACUGGUCUCCACUCUGGACUGUACCUGCUUUAGCAACACACAACAAUGCGAACCUUUCCCGACGAACUAUCUACUCUCCUUUCAGACCUGGAGGUUUUCCUCUGUGAUGGCCUGAAAGGUGAAAAUCUGAGCAAGAAGGCAAAAGAAAAGAGAGAAGCCUUCAUUAAACGUAUAAAAGAGGUUAAACUGGGCUUUCCACAUGAUUUCAAGGAUAAAAGCGGAGAUGACUCGGGUGACGAUGAGGAGGAGGUGGACAGCAGCAACAACGAUGGCGGCUCCCUGCAGUCCGAGCGCACAGACAGGGAGGAAGAGACUUCUGAGGGAUGCCAUCAGUCUCCACCAGUGGCGGCGCAAGACCUGCAGUCUGUCCUUAUGUCAGGAUACCUCGAGAAACGCAGGAAGGAUCACAGUUUUUUCGGCCAGGAGUGGCAGAAGAGAUGGUGCGCCCUAAGCUAUCGCACCUUCUACUAUUACGGCCAUGAGAAAGACAAGCAGCAGAAAGGUGAGUUUGGCAUCGAUGGCUACAAUGUCAAAAUGAACAACGGCUUGCGCAAAGACUCCAAGAAGGACUUUUGUUUUGAAAUCUCCGCUCCAGGCAAGAGAGACUAUCAGUUCUGUGCGUCAUCAGCCAAAGAGGCAAAGGAGUGGGUGAAAUGCAUAGACCUCAUUUUAAAAGACAUGUCUGGUAUCAUCCAAGAAGAGGAGGAGGAGGAGGAAGAAUAUAAAGUGGAAAAUGAUGAGGAACAACUCAUGUACGAUGAUGUUGGACUUGCACCUGAUACUGACAUCUAUGAGGUGCUCCCAGAGACAAGCACAGACUACCAGAACUACUACCAAGGCUUAUGGGACUGCGUAGGGGACCACCCGGAUGAACUGUCUUUCAAGCGCGGAGACGCCAUUUACAUACUGAGCAAGAAAAGGGCCAAGAAUCAAGUUGCCCUUUCACUCGGACUGCGAGCGCCAUUAGCUGGAACCUUGGUGUUGGGGGUUGCGGCCCGCUGCGAGGGCAAUGACCAUAAAACCUGUCUGGGCUGCAGCGGGAGGGACAGCCGCCUCCUUGCUCCACUAACCCCUCCCUCCUCCUCCACCCAAUUCCUCUUUUCCAUCCCUCCCCCAUUCCACAGCUCAGAAAUAGCUGUAGUGUUAUAGCUGCGGGACCCCCCAGUCGGCCCCAAGUGUUGAUUAUAGGGCUCGAAGAGGUGGGGGUGCUUUGUCCAGAUAUGCUGCACCAACCGACCCCCCAAACCCCUCCUCCUCUGUCCUCCCUGGUUCAAGUCACAGCACAUAAAACUAAUGGAGAAAAGUAACGUCUCACUUCCUUUAAGUGGCUGGAAUAGUUGAUAAAAUGUAAACACUGUCCCAACAUAAUGCUCCUACUGCGGAUGUUACAUGACUUAUAUUCAUCUCCUCUCUUAACACAUGUUGCACAAUAGCUGCUUGUAAACACUUUGUUUCUCCUUGCUCCAGGUAUUAAAGCGACAGGGCAGCGUUACUUGCUGACCAAGGCUCCUGUGUGGUUAAGUGUGUGUAUAUAUUCAGUGAAAGGUGCCAUUAGUUGUCUGCAGCUGUGUGUUUGUGCUCUUGUGUUGUGUGUCUUGCACCCACUCUAGAUUAACUUAUUUGUCAGCCGGAACUGCACAAUGAGGUGUCGCCUCUUUCAAAGUAUGUCGGCAGGAAGUUGUGACGUGUAUACACACGCACACACACACACUUGCAGUUGCAGGUCAUUCUGGUAUAUUAUUACAAAGGGGCUUUUGUGAUGGAAUGUCACUUUUAUUAUGUGACAUGCUUACUAAGGAGAGAUGGCAUUGAGCAGUGUUUAAUUUGCACUAGUUUGUAUAGAAAAUGGGUGGAUAAUAGAAAUACUUUUCUUCAAAAAGUGGGACUGGACGUUGAGAGAUGCUGUCAUUGAAUCAAAUGCCAAAUGACUUUAGUUGAUGUCUGCAAUGCUUCUUAAUGCAUCACAGCUAACCCUGGAUACCAUUUUAAUACAGCUCAUAUUGGGUGUGAAAUGACAUUGUUUUUGGCAAAGGCAUGACACUCUUCAUGUUCUUAUAUCGCACAGCAAGCAUGAUAGCACAGCGAAAUAAUAAUAAUAAAAUGAUUUGUUUCUUGGACGGCUUAAUCCUUAAGCAUUGACAGUCUAAGUGGACGCAGAUGUCAGCUCUGGCUUUUAAACACCGUGCAGGUUCCUACUCUUUCAGCCUUUUGCAGGGCCCUCACUGAUGAUUCAUGUCCUGUGAAGACUUUGAUGUCAGGUCAUGCUCUUGUUCAAAGUGAGAGUCUCACAUCCCUCCUCUGUGUCCUAGCAUUUCGCUAAGCUAACAGCCACUUGGAGAGAAGCUUUUACUUUGCCCUGCCCAGAUUUACACCUGGUAUUUUUUUUCCACACGUUUUUGUAUGCACCAAGGGAAUGUGUGCGGACAGUGAAGACAUAAUGUGAAGUUGAUGAUGAAUUAUGGAGCAAAAAUAACUGCAAUGUACUAUUGAAAUAUGAUCAAAUACAAUAGAAGCUGGACAAGAUGAACAACUGUCCAUCGAGUGAGUCACUUUAAUAUCGAUCAUGAUACAAGCAACACGCCAUGCAUGUUAUUAGACCUACAGUGCAUACGCUGUCUGGCUAGCUGUGUACAAACAAAAUAUGAAAUGUGGGCUAAUACUUUACAGAUAAUUUAAUGAUUGUUCACGCUUUUCAGUCAGUACAAAUUGGUGUCCUAUCGCAUUGUUGUGCAUUACAA